AUGGGCCAGCACGGAUCAGGUCCGAGACUCUGGCAUACAGCCACUCACGGCAUGAGCGCUCGAGCCACGAGAAUGAAUCUUAAGGUGCUGUUAGUCGCCGUUCUUGGAGCGGUGCUGUUGUUGCUGUCGGUGGACGACCUGUACUUCCGACGCCACCAGCGAACCCCUCUCCAAUACUAUCAUAAUUCCAGUCUCAGCUACACGCAACAUCCAAUUGAUUCUUUGAUACAGCAAUCAAGACAGAGCUUCGAGGCGAGGAUCCAUGCGCAAUCCAGGACCCUGGAGGAUGCCAUUCUCGCUUACAAGGAGAGAUACAAAAUCGAGCCACCUCCUGGGUUUGACAAGUGGUUUGAUUUUGCCCAGACCAAGAGAUCGCGUAUAAUCGACGACUUCGACACAAUCUACGAUGCUGUCAUCCCAUUUCUUGGCAUCUCUGGUCAGCGCAUCAAUGAGAUGCUAGAGGAGGUAAUUGCUACGAAGUCAGGGGUACACAAAUGUGGCUAUCGAAACGGUGCACAUUAUGGAUACUGCGGACACCUGGACCUGAGUUGGUACAUGGCGCCGAUUGAGUAUCUACUCCCAGAUGUAGACCUGAUAUUCAACGACCUGGACGAGCCUCGAGUCCUCCCUGAUGAGAAUCUCGAGGCUCGGGUCCAGAACAAGGUGACCUUCCUCGACUGGUCGCACAAGGACUUACGACGUCUUUAUUGGAAAGGCUGCAAGUCGACCGACUGGACUGCCUACCGUCAGCCUCCAGAUUUACCUUUCAUUGUGGACGCAAAGCAGGCUCGAGACUUAUGUGAGAACCCACAGUAUGCAGAUGAACACGGCUUUGUCCUCUCUCCGUCCACAGUAUGGACCACAGGACAGAUGGUGCCGAUUUUGUCCCAUUCCAAAGCAUCUGUGUUUGGCGACCUGAUCUACCCGAAUCCAGCAUACGCCGAGGACUACUUCGAUCCCAGGGUCUACAACAAGGAGAAAGACCCUGACUGGAAGAUCAAGCGCAACGACUUGUAUUGGUCGGGCAUCAAUUAUGGUGGCUACUUUGAGGACGAGGCCUGGAAGCAGUCACAUCGUCAGCGGCUUGUUGCGAAGACCAGCGGUUUGAUCGACAGUGCAGCUACAUUCCUCACCGAAUCUUCACCAGGAGUAUGGAAUAUGUCGACCUCGCUCGACCCACUGUCCGGCCUGUUUCACACGUACUUCACCGAGAUCGAUAUGUCCGCUUGCAACAGGAGGCAAUGCAAAGCACAGAAAAAGUUCUUCGGGGAGGGCACUCGAGUAUCGAACCACGAACAGUUCAAACACCGCUUCGUUAUGGACCUGGACGCGUGGACGUACUCUCGACAAUUCUACGCUCUACUACAAUCGAAAAGUCUGCCUUUCAAGCAGACUAUCUUCCAAGAAUGGCACGAUGAUCGAUUAGUGCCGUGGGUCCACUACAUACCCGUGAGCGUGAGUCUCAGAGAACUACCCGAGAUGGUUCGAUACUUCGCGUUGACCAAGCAGGGUCAGGCGUACGCUCAAGAGAUUGCGGAGAGCAGCAGCAAGUGGUGGGCGCAAUCCCUGCGGAAAGAGGACAUGCAGAUCUACAUGUAUCGACUCAUAUUGGAGUACAAGCGGCUCCGCGACCCAUCCAGACCAGCCAUGCCCUGA